CCCCUCGCCUGCUCUCUCCAGCCAUGGAUGACAUUUACAAGGCAGCGGUUGAGCAGCUGACAGAAGAGCAAAAAAAUGAGUUCAAGGCUGCCUUUGACAUCUUCGUGCUGGGGGCAGAGGAUGGCUGCAUCAGCACCAAGGAGCUGGGGAAGGUGAUGCGGAUGCUGGGGCAGAACCCGACCCCUGAGGAGCUGCAGGAGAUGAUAGACGAGGUGGAUGAGGAUGGCAGCGGCACUGUAGACUUUGAUGAGUUCCUCGUUAUGAUGGUCCGGUGUAUGAAAGAUGACAGCAAAGGGAAAACCGAAGAGGAACUCUCAGAUCUCUUCAGGAUGUUUGACAAAAAUGCUGAUGGCUACAUCGACCUCGAGGAGCUGAAGAUCAUGCUGCAGGCGACCGGUGAGACCAUCACUGAGGAUGACAUAGAAGAACUGAUGAAAGAUGGGGAUAAAAACAACGAUGGCAGGAUUGACUAUGAUGAGUUCCUGGAGUUUAUGAAGGGAGUUGAAUAAAUCUGAGACAAGAUCGACAGCCUAAAUCUCCUAAACCCCUCCAGCUCUGCUUCUCAUCUCCUUGGCUAAGUCCCCCGGCUACCAGCAUGAAGACCGAGCGCUGAGAAGGGUGGCCAGGGGAAAAUAAAACGUGU